UGCGUGUGACCGUACAAAGUUGCCGUUACAACCCUUCGUGUCACAACCUUCGACUCUUGAUGAUCAAAAUCAAACCCUUGCUCUAGGGUUUCCUUACGAUGGGCACCAGUUAUUCCAGCAAGUUAUUCUCAGAAUUUCCUCAAUUUGUCUUUGACGAAUCAGAUGAACUUGCCGAGAUGAAAUCCAGAUGGAACCCUACAGGAUCGGGGAAAAAGAAAUUUCGUUCCGGUUAUUCCCCCGUCGACAAUUACACGUUUUUGCAAUCAUUGGCUGGAGGAAAGGAGCCUAAAGGAAAGAAAUUGAGGGAUGAAACUGUAAUUAUUCAUGAAGAUGAUGAUGCAGUGAAAGAAAGAAUUGUUCGGUCAGAUACUGCGUUACAAUCCAGUUCUUCAGACUACAUUUCAAAGAGUUUUGCAGGAUCCAAGUCUUCUGAUUUCAUCACUCCUAAGCCCCUCAAAGCUCCCACUCAACGGUUUUGUUUGGCUGAUAAUGAGCCUGUUUCUUUAAUCUCAGAUGAGGACAGUGAUACUUCAUCAGAAAUGUCUUCUAAUGAUCUUGCAGACACCCAAGGUUCAUCAGGAGAACAGAGCCUUGUGCAAGAGAUUACUUCACAGGAGAUGGAACCCAGUGUUGUUCUUCACCCAAAGUACACUACUUAUGAAGGAAAUUGUUACUGGAGUGCAAAGUUGACUUUUCUUCCCAGUUCCAUUAAGCUUGAUGUUUCAGAGGAAGAAGCACCUGUGGGUCCUCUUACUUACGAAUGGAAGACUGUGGAUCUUAUUUGUAUUGAGUCAAAAUGGCUGGAUCCCUUCCCAACAGCUGAUGUCUGUCUUCAUUUCAAGUUGGAGCAUCCAAAACAACCCUCCAGUGAUCAAAAGUCAGGCAUUUUGAAGGUGAAUUUCACUGUCUGUGACCCUAAUUGGGAUUCAAUGCAAGAGCUUAUUAAAUCUCUGGAUGAACAGUAUAAGGAAAAAUGGGAAGUUGAUCUUGACUCAUAUGAAUUGUUUGAAGACAUUACUUAUCGAGGCGAUUGUGAUUCUAUAUCUAUUUCUAAGAGAGAUUUUCAGCUGCUACAUCCGGAGAAGUUUAUCAAUGAUACCAUUGUUGACUUUUAUAUCGAAUACCUGAAGAAGAUAAAUCCUGCUGAUGAAAGAGUCCAUUUCUUCAAUAGCUUUUUCUUUAGAAAGCUGGCUGAUUUUGAUGAAAAUCAAUUACAAAUGUUUGAUGCCAAGGAAUCUUUUCAACGAGUUCGGAAAUGGACAAAGAAAGUAGAUAUUUUUCAAAAAGAUUACAUUUUUAUUCCUGUAAACUUCAGGUUGCAUUGGAGUCUGAUUAUUAUUUGUCAUCCUGGGGAAGUAGUGAGUUUUGAAGAUGAGGAACUAGAGGUUUCAGUUAAAGUACCAUGCAUUUUGCACAUGGAUUCUAUUAAAGGAAGCCAUAGAGGCAUUGAAAAUUGUAUUAAAUGCUAUCUCUGGGAGGAGUGGAAACAGAGGAGUAGCAACAGAGCAGAAGAUAUCUCAACAAAAUUCAAGAAUCUUCGGUUUCUUUGUCUUGAGGUACCCCAGCAGCAAAACUCAUAUGAUUGUGGGCUGUUCAUGCUCCAUUACAUGGAACUUUUUAUGAAACAGGCUCCAAGUAGCUUUAACCCAUUGAGCAACUUUAUCAGUAAAGAUUGGUUCUUUCCAACAGAAGCUUCUUUAAAACGUGGCCGAAUAAAAAGAUUGAUUAUUGAACUUGCAAAAAGUAAAUCUGAACAAGCUUUAUCACCCAGCUGCAAUGAUGAGUUUUCUUCUGAAGACAAAGAUGUGGUUGAGGAAGAAUCUGAAGAUGUAGAGAUUCUGAAUGAGACAUGUCAUGGAAGAAGUAGCACACCAAUAAUGGUAAAACCUCUGAGAAGUGAACCAUAUAAAUCUGAUUGUGAAGAAUUGGGAGAUGAUGAAGAUUCAUUGAUUGAUGAAGAUGAUGAUGAUGAGCAGAAUCAUGGAAAGUUGGUUCUCUAUGAUCCUUCUGUUGCUGUUGCUGUUGCUGUCUUAUCACCAACAAAGGAAAGCAAUGCAAAAGAAGAAGUUGACAAUGAGAAGCAGCAAGUAUCUGGAAAGAAUGAGUCAGAGUCGUUUAUGACUUGUCUUGAUAAAUCUUUGAAUUUAUUACAACUCAAGGAAAGAAAUCAGCCAGAAGAAGAUGUAGAUGUAUUUGUUGUUGAAAAGAAAGAAGAAAGUGAUGAUGAUGUGUUUGAAACAUGUGUAGUGGAGGACUCUGAUUCAGACGAUGUGGGGGGUCAUCUUUCUUGUUACAGACGGAAAUUUGCUUCUUCUUCUUCUUCUUCUUCUGUAAAAUCUGAAGAAGGGAGGAGUUUGCAGCAGCAGGCUCCUAAAAGAAGACAUGAUGUGGUUUCUCAAGCACAAAAAAGGCUUAGGAGAAACCCUUCAACUGAUUUGCAGAUCAUAUCUCUUUGUGAAUAAUAAUUAAAUAAUAAAUAAUAAAAUCAUCUAUCAUGUUCAAAGGUAUGCUCCAACUUUUCAUAUGUAUAUAUAGUUAUGUGGAUAGUGGUAAAUAUUAUAUUUGCUAUAUAGCUUUUUGCAAAUAUUUGUUUGAAGAGAG